CCUUUGUUUUUGGUUUUUAAUAACAUGUGUGUUAUUUUGUCACUUGAUGGUAUCUAAAUACUAAACCGUUUAUUUCAAUUCUUACAUUGUUAAAUUAUUUUAGCUGGGUAAAUACAGAAGCCAAGAAAUAGAUUUCGCAAUUGCUUAAUCAAAAGAGGUCAGUUCAUUUUCUGUUAGUAUCUGUCUCGAAUGAAAGUUUAGUAGUGAUUCAUUUGUCCAGAACAAUAUUUUGAGUUUAUUUGUGCUUUAACAAAAGAAAAAAAAAUGUAUAUGAAAUAUUUUUUAUUGUUUUGUGCCAGUGUUAUGACUGUGGAUGCAGAAAAAAGAUUUCAUAUGAAACAAGUGAUAAUUUUGAGUAGACAUAACGUGAGAACUCCAUUGUCUAAGUUUUUAAAUAUCAUGACUCCAAAAUCUUGGCCCGUAUGGAAGGAAAAGAGUGGUCAUUUGACUGCCAAAGGUGCUUUACUUGAAGGUUACAUGGGUGAAUUUUUCUCGGAAUGGUUGAAAAAAGAAGAUCUAUUAAAAAAUGGAUGUCCCACUGAGGAUGUUUUUUAUGCUUAUGCUAAUUUAAAGCAAAGAACAAAAGCUUCAGCGAAGGCUUUUGUGAAUCAAGCAUUCCCUAAUUGCAAUAUCGCUGUUCAUCACAGCAAUACCACAGAUCCUGUAUUUGAUCCAAUUAUCCACAAUAAAACUGCUUCUUUCAAGAAUUAUGUAGUCAAAGAAAUGAAAGCACAUUUAAAAACAUUAAAACUUAACAAUUCAUAUGACUUUUUAGAAAAUAUUUUAGAUUAUAAACAUUCGAAACUUUGUGAAAAAAGUCAUCAGUGUAAUCUGAAAACUGAUAAAAAUAAUAUAAUUGUUGAACCUGGUACAAAACCAAAUCUCUGGGGACCAAUAAAAAUUGGAAACUCUGUUGCUGAUGCUUUUGUUAUGCAAUACUAUGAAGGUUUUCCUAUGAACAAUAUUGCUUGGGGUUAUUUAGAUAAUCAGGAACAAUGGAUUCAAAUGAUGCAAUUAAGUAGUGGUUAUCAUGAUGUAAUUUUUAAUAAUUCUGUAGUUGCUAUGGAUAUAGCAAAACCACUGAUUAAAUACAUAGCAGAUUUAUGUCUUGGACAAGGUGAGGUACCGAAAGUUACGUUACUUAUGGGUCAUGAUGCAAAUAUGUUUACUUUACUCAAAGGUAUGGGAUUUAAACGAUAUUCAUUAAUAGAUCAACAUGAACAUAUUCCUGUUGGCAGUAAAAUUGUGUUUCAAAAAUGGUAUGACGUGGUAACUAGACGGAAUUUAUUGAAAAUUAAUUUUAUUUAUCAAUCAAAGUCACAGCUAAGAGAUGGUACACCGUUAUCAUUGAACAAUCCACCACAGUUUGAAUUGCUUGAAUUAGCAAAUUGUGAGAUCGACACUAAUGGUUUUUGUUUAUGGAGUAAUUUUGAAUAUUUUUUGAGAACGUUGAUUUCGAAAUAACAAUAUUCUGUUAUUUUUUUAUUAAUUUUUAUAGAACUAAAUAUUUUACCUUUUAGGAUAAUUCAGUACCACAAAUGAAUAUCAGUUGCUUAACUUUGAUAUUUAUCUCCCAUAAUUUGUUUGUCUUAAAUUUACCUACCGUUAAGUCCACGUUUUCAAUUCUUAUUAAAACGAUAUACAAACCUUUCAGUAGAAGAAAUUUUGUUUAUUGUUUAAAACUAGUAUUUGCUUAGAUAAAACAAAUCAUUGUGAAUCAAUAAUUAAUAUUAUUAACCAGUGCAUAACGUUAUUUAUCCAGUCGAAAAGUUUUGCUUUAAUAAAUAUAAAAUUAAUUAGUUACUUUGCAAUUCACAGUCUACGACCUCAUCUAAAGGACAGGUCAAGUAAUAUCUCACGAUUCGCUCCACCUAUUCUGAUAAAAUAUAAAUAGCAGUAUUCGUUUAUGAAGUUAAUAUUUAUAAAAUACUGACUGUUACGGCAAAUCUAAUUUUGCCAUAUAAAGUAAUAUUGCUAUUAAAAAUAGGGGUUGAUGGUAG